AAAAAAAAAAACGGCGGGCGGAAAUAUCGAAGCCUGUUAUGUGCGCAUGCGCAGUACAGGGACGUAAUCUUUUUCAGUCUUCAUUGCGGGUUCAGUUUAGACGGAAGCGUUGCUUUGUUUGAUGUUUUGUUUAAGCGUUUCCCUUUCGCAUUUGUCCUGUAUCGAUAUAUAUAUAUUUGUAUGUACUUCCUUACUUGCUUUGGGUAUGUAUAAUUUGAAAAAGAAAAGGCGGAAAGUAAAACGGCGGGCGGAAAUAUCGCAGUUCGAAGCGUGUUGUGUGCGCAUGCGCAGAAUAGGGACGUAAGCUUUUAAUUUCAGUUUAGACGGAAGCGGUUUCAAUUUUAUUGGGAUUAUUGUAGAUGUUGAGAUCUUUGCGACCUUGAUUUAUCAAAAAAAAAAAACAAGGAUCUGCACUGCAGCUCUCAGAACUACAGCCCCUGCACGGAGUAAACACAAAGUGUGCGUGUGUAAAUUUAUGCACGUGCUGUCUCGUGUGUAAGGUUAUGCACGUGCUGUCUCGUGUGUAAGUUUAUGCACGUGCUGUCUUGUGUUUACGUUUAUGCACGUGCUGUCUCGUGUGUAAGUUUAUGAACGUCUUAUGGACUAAAAGAACUGAACAAAGUGAGUGAAUUAAACCCGUGUGUGCUGUCCUGCUGAUCAUGUGAUGCCGUGAUUGCUUGCUUGCUGCAAAUCACGUGUACCGACGUCAUGGAAACGAGCAUGCAGCAGGACCCCUCCAGCGAGCUGCCUAUGUCGUCAUGUUCCUCCUCAGGCAGCGAAUCAGGAGAGUCCGAUUGUGUUGCGUCAUCCUCAUCGUCCUCUUCUGCAAGUGAAAGCUAUGAUGAAUCAGAGGAUCAUGGAUCUGGAUGGGUUGCAAAAAACAACCAGGUGUGGUUUCCCACCAACGAGGAGACGAUUCCCUUCGUGCAGCCUGACACAAGCGUGAUUCCAGGGCCGACGGGUUACGCCACCUCGAGCGUCACCAACGUGGAAUCUGCGUUCGACCUCUUUUUCACCGAGGAGAUGAUUGACCUCGUUGUCAGAAUGACCAACCUAACGGGCAGCGCACAGUGAAAAACUGGACCGCGGUGGACUCCACGGAUUUCCGUGCCUACAUGGGGCUACUGAUUUUGGCUGGAGUGUACCGGUCCAGGGGGGAGUCCAAGCGCAGUUUGUGGAAUUGUCACAGUGGUCGUCCGAUUUUCAGAGCCACCAUGUCUUUCAAUAGAUUUUGCGAAAUUAACGGAAGCCUGUGUUUUGACGACGAGCUGCAGACACCGGCACGUCUUCGAGACGACAAACUCGCCCCCAUCAGAUCCCUGUGGGACAUGUGGACGCAACGCCUUCCCCUCCUAUUCACCCCCGGGAGAGAUGUCACAGUGGAUGAGCAGCUUGUUUCAUUCAAAGGCAGGUGCAGGUCGGAAAAAGCGUGCGGAUACGGUCUAAAAAUGUGGGUGACCACCGAUGUCGCCACAUCGUAUGCCUGGAAGUGUGACGUUAACAUGGGAAAGACAGAUGAUGCCACAGAGGUGGACCAGGGCAAGCGUAUCAUCCUGGAGAUGACAAAAAAACUCCGGGGCGUCACGGUCACUUGCAACAACUUUUUUACCUCCUACUCACUCGGUCAGAAGCUUCUGAAGAAGAAGAAAACCUUGGUCGGGAUGAUCAGGAAUAAUAAAAACCCAGAGCUGCCACCCAAGCUGCUGCAGGUUAAAGAACGAGCUCCCUUCUCCUCCAUCUUCGCCUUCACAAAGAACACCACGGCAGUGAGUUACGUUCCAAAACGCGGGAAGAACAUGGUCCUCAUCAGUACAAGGCACCGACAAGCGGAGUUGACCGAGGGACUAAGAAAGAAGCCAGAGAUCUUCACCUACUACAACCGCUGUAAAGGCGUCUUCAACACUCUAGCUAAGGUUGUCGGCACCUACAGCUGCAGAACGAGGGCCAAACAUUGGUCGCAAACGUUAUUCAUGAAUAUGAUUGACAUCUCGGCAUCUAACGCGUACGUCAUCUUCAAAGCUGUGCAUCCCUCCUGUAACAAAAAAAAGCGCUAUAGGAGGAGACGUUUCCUGGAAGAGCUGGGAAGUGCUCUGGUCUCUUCUGAAAUGUUGAAGAGAGAGCGCCUCCCUCGCUCACCAUUUGCAGCUGCACUGGUAAAAGAGAUCCGGUCUUCUGCCACUCCAGACAAGGAGACAUCAGAAGACACCAACAGCUCAGGAAUGAAGAGGGGACUUUGCAUAAGGUGCACAAAACAAAGAAAAAAAACUAUUACUACUUGUAUCUGUUGCGGCGAAUACAUUUGCAAAGCCCACCAGGUGAUAUGCUGCGAGUCCUGCUGUAAAAGCUGAACACACGUUUGUAAACAAGCAUUGUUUUUUUUGUUUUUUUAUAAAUCCUUUAUUUUUGUACCA